AUGUGUCGAUACGAUACCAACGAAUGCGCAAUUGCGCCGUUUAAGAACGAUGCCACGUGCACUAAUUUUCAAAAUGCGUACUCAUGCACAUGCUCACCGGGCUGGCUAGGCAACAAAUGUGGCCAGGAUACCAACGAAUGCGCAACUGCGCCGUGUAAGCACGGCGCAACAUGCACUAAUCUACAGAACACGUACUCGUGCACAUGCUCACCGGGCUGGCAAGGAACCAACUGUGAUCAGGAUAUCAACGAAUGCGUACCCGCCCCGUGUAAGAACGGCGCCACGUGCAAUAAUCUUCAAAACGCGUACUCAUGCACAUGUUCACCUGGCUGGCAAGGCAACAACUGUGAUCAGGAUACCAACGAAUGCGCAACUGCGCCGUGUAAGCACGGCGCAACAUGCACUAAUCUACAGAACACGUACUCGUGCACAUGCUCACCGGGCUGGCAAGGAACCAACUGUGAUCAGGAUAUCAACGAAUGCGUACCCGCCCCGUGUAAGAACGGCGCCACGUGCAAUAAUCUUCAAAACGCGUACUCAUGCACCUGUUCAUCUGGCUGGCAAGGCAACAACUGUGAUCAGGAUACCAACGAAUGCGCAACUGCGCCGUGUAAGAACGGCGCAACAUGCACUAAUCUUCAAAACACGUACUCGUGCACAUGCUCACCGGGCUGGCAAGGACACAGCUCUGAUCAGGAUAUCAACGAAUGCGUACCCGCCCCGUGUAAGAACGGCGCCACGUGCAAUAAUCUUCAAAACGCGUACGCAUGCACAUGUUCACCUGGCUGGCAAGGCAACAACUGUGAUCAGGAUAUCAACGAAUGCGUACCCGCCCCGUGUAAGAACGGCGCCACGUGCAAUAAUCUUCAAAACGCGUACUCAUGCACAUGUUCACCUGGCUGGCAAGGCAACAACUGUGAUCAGGAUAUCAACGAAUGCGUACCCGCCCCGUGUAAGAACGGCGCCACGUGCAAUAAUCUUCAAAACGCGUACUCAUGCACAUGUUCACCUGGCUGGCAAGGCAACAACUGUGAUCAGGAUAUCAACGAAUGCGUACCCGCCCCGUGUAAGAACGGCGCCACGUGCAAUAAUCUUCAAAACGCGUACUCAUGCACAUGUUCACCUGGCUGGCAAGGCAACAACUGUGAUCAGGAUACCAACGAAUGCGCAACUGCGCCGUGUAAGCACGGCGCAACAUGCACUAAUCUACAGAACACGUACUCGUGCACAUGCUCACCGGGCUGGCAAGGAACCAACUGUGAUCAGGAUAUCAACGAAUGCGUACCCGCCCCGUGUAAGAACGGCGCCACGUGCAAUAAUCUUCAAAACGCGUACUCAUGCACAUGUUCACCUGGCUGGCAAGGCAACAACUGUGAUCAGGAUACCAACGAAUGCGCAACUGCGCCGUGUAAGCACGGCGCAACAUGCACUAAUCUACAGAACACGUACUCGUGCACAUGCUCACCGGGCUGGCAAGGAACCAACUGUGAUCAGGAUAUCAACGAAUGCGUACCCGCCCCGUGUAAGAACGGCGCCACGUGCAAUAAUCUUCAAAACGCGUACUCAUGCACCUGUUCAUCUGGCUGGCAAGGCAACAACUGUGAUCAGGAUACCAACGAAUGCGCAACUGCGCCGUGUAAGAACGGCGCAACAUGCACUAAUCUUCAAAACACGGACUCGUGCACAUGCUCACCGGGCUGGCAAGGACACAGCUGUGAUCAGGAUAUCAACGAAUGCGUACCCGCCCCGUGUAAGAACGGCGCCACGUGCAAUAAUCUUCAAAACGCGUACGCAUGCACAUGUUCACCUGGCUGGCAAGGCAACAACUGUGAUCAGGAUACCAACGAAUGCGCAAUUGCGCCGUGUAAGAACGAUGCCACGUGA